UCAAUAUCAUCCUUAUUACACUUGUGCGUGAUGGGGGACGGAAUUUUGGUUUGGAUUUGUCAUUACAGGAUGGUGCGGUUGGGGAUGGAGCUUAUCUGUUCAUGCAAUGCCCCUAUCGGUUUGCUGUCCACAGACUGCUGUGUGCUGCUCUGUCCAAUCUUUUUCAGCCUCAGAUUGGUCCUGUGGUCAACAACUGAAAACUGUGCGGUAGAGGAUCGGUCAAUGGAUCGUCUUGGGAUGAGAGAAAUGUCAUGCUGCCCUGCAUUUGAAAUGUUUUGGGAUGGAGGGAAAGAGAUCAUUGGAACAUGUUUUGAUCUGUGGAGAAAGAGUGAAAUCCCUCUUGUUAGCCAAGCCGAUGGCUAACUUGCUCGUGCUAUUUAUAGCAUUCGGGUCAAGGAGGUCAAUUACACACGAGCACGAAUGGGCAAAGAACAUACCUUCUGGUACCGAGCGACCAAGAUCACCACCUGAGAGGUUGUUUGAAUAUUAGCGAAACAUACCGACAUUGUAGUGAAUCGAGUACACACCUCAUUCUUUUGAGCUGAAUUUUGGUCAGGGCUGGUAAAAUGAGUACAUGAAGUCUAUGGCCUUGGUUGAGUUCAAGCCUCUCAAAUAUGGUGGGGUGGGCCGAACCCCAACCUUAACUCUGUGCUAAUGAUCGUUGGGCUCUAUUAUUUGGUAUUGGUUACCAAACAUGUUUAUGUUUAUGUUCGGGUUUCUUUUUUUCCAAGAUUCAAGAAAUAGAAAUAAGGAACAAGAACAUGGUCCAAUGAUCACGGGACAAAUAUUAAUUGAAUGUCAUUGGAUGAUCACCACAAAAAGGAAGCUUUAAAAUCACAUCUAAAUCAGUAUAGAUGAAAAUAAGUUGAAAGGUUGGAGAAAUUUGAUCUAAAUUGGAUUGGUCAGACCUUACCAGCAAACAUGCAAUUUAUGCAAUGUUCCCUUCGACAGUGCAUGAAGCUUAUACGACGAGGUUGGUGUAGAAGUUGAUGGGCAUAUGAUGAGCUUGGAUGUUAGGCGAGCAAUGGAGAGGUUUAAAUUGAGACGAACUUUGGAGACGAGCUAUCCAAACUGGUUGCGAAUCAAACAAAAAUCAUCUUGUAGAUGAGUUUUUUCGAACAUAUGAACAAUCAAUAAAAAAAAUGACUAAAUCUAUUUCCAAUAAUGAAGCAAAUCAAGAAAGAAUUGAUAAAACAAAUCAAAGUUUCAUUUACUUUAUUUCAACUAUAAAAAAGUCACUUUCCAAUAUUAGUAAUAAGAAUAGAAAGGUCUUUGGGGACUUAUCAUACUUGUCACAAGCAUAUUUAUUUUACAAAUUAUCACAAACCCAACUUAUUAACUUAUCUAAGUUAAGACCUAUGUUUCAAUAUCACGGAACAUCUCUUUUUCUUAAAAAUGAAAUACAGGAUUAUUUUGGUAAAGU